GGACAUUUUACGAUAGUAUAAAGUGCGUAUUUUAUGCUUGAGUUGUGGAUUUUCUCAAAUCAUUAUUUUUUGAUAUUGAACUGUUACCUGUUGAACAAUGGUGCGAUCGUGUUAUGUGUGCAAGAUAAACAGCAGUAAUCCAGAAUCGGCCAAUUUAUCAUUCCAUCGCUUCCUGACGAGUUUAUAUGAAUAUAUAUCCAUCACUAGCAGUAUGAUACAAUUUAAAGAUGUUCUGGGUGUAGUUCAUCAAGUACAAAAAUAUCCACAUACACAAUCUUCAUGCAACUUAAGUAAACACUCCCAUCUGACCCAGCAAAGCGCAUUUUAUGGAUUUCACUGCUUGGCAUUGACUGGGAGAAAACGUUGCCGAAAGUGGCACUGAUAUGCAGCAAACAUUUUCAUGAUAGGGACUUUGAAUAUGAUUCUGCUGGAAGAAGGCUUUUGAAGGAUGGUGCUGAACCAGUAGAUGUUCGCUCCAUACAUGAUGAGCAGGAGUAUGCAAGCUCUGAUUCAACAGUGACA